UUUUGAAAACUUCUUGUGCCAUUUUUCACCUCUUUUCCCACUUUUCGUCUCUACGAUUUUAGCUAUCAUCAUCAACACACAGAGAAUCAGAUUCGAGAGAGAGAGAGAGAGAGAGAGGAGUACACUGGCGAUUUGUAAAGUUGGUUAUGCCUGUCGUCCAAAGCUCUAACCAGAGAUCAAUGAUUGAAUGCAAAGAGAUACAACUAUUAUAAAGGCGCGCCCUUUCAAUUUCUCAUCAAGAAAUUAUCUGCUUAGAGAGAAAUGCUUGAAAUGGCAGCAAGUUUGGAGAAAGGAAUUGAGUGGCUGAGGCCUCUCGUCAACAAUCAGCCAUGGGAUUACUGUGUGAUUUGGAAGCUGGGGGAUGAUCCCUCGAGAUUUAUUGAGUGGGGGGCGUGCUGUUGCAGUAGUGGAAGAAGUGGUGAUGGGGUCAAAAUUAUGGGUGUUAAUCUGAUUGAUGAAUGCAAGGAUAGUUUGAUUAAGCAUCCGAUUACGAGUAAUGCUUGCAGGAAGCUUGCUCACUUGCCCUCUGCCAUUCCUCUGUAUUCAGGGGUUCAUGGAGAUGUUGUAAUGUCGAAACGGGCGAGGUGGACGACUACUCGGAGCAACGACGAUGAUGAAUCAAAUGGAACACAAGUCCUCAUCCCGGUAACAUGGGGUUUAAUCGAACUCUUUACCACUAAGCAUGUACUGAGAGAUCAGAAGACCAUCGACUACAUCUCGGCUCGUUUUAGAGGCAUUCUCAAACAAGAAAGCGUGGAAAGUAGUCAUCAAUUAAACUUGCCCCCUUGGUUGCACUAUCCAAAUCUUGGUUGCCAAAUGUCCCAACCAAAAAACUAUUCUAGCUUUGAGGGAUCGUCCACUUGUUCCAGUCUUUCGAACGAGCAUCAGGUACUCCAAUUAGGCCCUGAUCAUCGCACAUUAAGUGAGAUGUCGAAUGAGAAGUCAAGCAAGGGUAAAGUCGAAUUACCAAGAUUGAGAAGGAGAAAGUGCGCAGAUCUGGCAUUGAGUAAUAAUGGAAAUGAGAAAGUAGGCGCGAAAACUUGGCAGAUGAUGGAAAGGGGACCGUUCUUGUCGAAGAAUCUUAUGACUGAGAGAAAUCGGAGGAAGAGGAUCAAAGAUCGGGAGUAUGCUCUUCGUGCACUAGUCCCAAACAUCUCUAAGAUGGAUAAAGUUGGUACAUUGGUUGAUGCAGCUGAUUACAUAAAGGAGUUGGAGGUGUGUAUCAGAAAAUAUAACCAAGAAAUCAAAGCAUUAGAAGAGGAAGACUGCAACGAGGUUAAUGCCACAGCAGAAUGCCCGUUGUUGGUGAGGGACUGUGCAGAUAAGAAGGGUAGUGCAAGUGAAAACACCGCGAUCCUGGUGGGAGUUGAAGUGUUCCAACUCGGGGUGAAAGAUUUCUUGGUGAAGGUUAUAAGCAAACAAAGGCAGGGCAUCUUUUCACGGUUGAUUGAUGCCAUUGGUUGCCUAGGACUCGAGGUUGCAGAUGUCAAUGUCUCCACACUCCAUGGCCUGGUGUCCAAUGUUCUCACUGUGGAGGCUAUACGAGCAGACUUAGAUCCAAAUGCUUUGAAGCAUUCAUUGUUUGAGCUGGUUAACUAGAAAUGCAACAACAGCUACAGAUUUGCAGAAAAAGGUGGAAGAUGAUUUUUUUCUGCCAUUUAUACAUGGUUGGAUGAUUCAUCCUUUAACUACAUAGAAUCUACUUAUUUUGCUCCAAAAAGGUGUAACAGACUUGAAUAAUCGUUCAUCAAGAUUGUAGACCACCAUUUACUUUAUGAUUAUGUUAAAAUUCAAGUUCAGUUUGAGUUGGAA